UUCCUUUCGCACAGGCGAAAGCCCUAAAGCAGACUACACGAAUCCAAACGCCAGUGCGCUGGAAUUGUGGCCAGUGCACCGAACCGGGAGUGUAUGAAAUUUCACGGAAUGUUUUCGAGGGUUACUUUUUAUCCCUCAUUAAUCUACAAUGUCGUUAUGGAACGUGUGUCAACGAGGCGGUGGUACGACCGCAUCGACGAUACCGUUAUUCUCGGGGCACUGCCUUUCCGGAGCAUCACACCGAAGUUGCUCGAAGAGGAGAACGUGAGAGGGGUCGUGUCAAUGAACGAAGACUUUGAGCUGCGAUAUUGGGUCACGAGUAAGGAAGAGUGGGAAAAAUGUGGUGUCAAGUUUCUCCAGUUGAGUACGACGGACAUCUUCGAGACACCCUGUCAGGAAAAGCUCCAACGCGGUGUGCAAUUCAUCCAAAGUUUCGAAGGCACUGGCCACUCUGUCUACGUUCACUGCAAGGCUGGCAGGACACGCAGUGCAACGCUGGUCGGCUGCUACUUGAUGCAGAGGUACCAGUGGACACCGCAAAAGACGGUGGAUCUUCUGCGUCAGAAGCGGCCACACAUUCUGCUGCACUAUGCCCAGUGGGAGGCGCUGCACACCUACUUUAACAAGAAUGUUGCUGCUUCGCUGGAAUCAGGUGACCCUCCUGUCAUCGGCAACAGCCCCGGCUAAUUAAUCGCAACACUUGCUUGCCACUCAUUGCAUUGAAAUGUGCCUCUAGAAGGGUGUAGGGCUGGAAGGUUUGUACCAGCUCUGGCAAUUCUCGCAGCCCUUGUAUUUAUGAUUCUGUCGCCCAAAUGAGGAGAGUGCAGGUCUGGCUCCUUGAGUACUAGACAGUUUUGCUGCAUUCUCUUCCCCAAGGUAUCGAUUUCCAUCUCCUGCUGGUGGCUGCAGAUGUGAGUGUGACAUACUCAUAGACAUUAUACUGCCUAGUGAUUGAAAAUGAUUGCUGGGCCACUAAGAAUUGCUUGUUAUGUAACAAGGAACGCUAGCAUCAGCGAUAUGUAGGUAGAAUGAAGAGAGUGGCUGCGUCUACUACUGUAAAUUAUAAUCCGCUACCCACUCAAAUUUUAUAUACGAUGGUGGCAGGGCAGGUGCUAACCUAAAUUUGUUAGUUUAACUGAAGAAAAUGUUAUGUUAAAACAGAAUUCUUGUAUCAGACAGCUUGACUUAAACUUUGGCAAGUGCUCUAGACUGCAUUCCUUGUUAGUGAGCAUGACAAAGUGCUGACUUAUUGUUAAGAGCAACAUUUUUUUAGUAAGAUGUGCCUCCACAAUUUGCAUUUAAGUACGAUUAUUCCCUCUUUCAAGCUUAUGUUUAACAUAACUUACCAACAGGCCAGAGAAGCAUUUCAAUAAGACGUCAACACUAGGUGUGAAAUCUUGUCCAAAAACUUGCAAACAAAACCAUCAUUGUUAGAAAGUAGCAUUAUAUUUUCUUGUGUAUUACCCUUACCUUCACAUAGCCCACAUCUGCAAUUACAACUUGCAGAAUAAUUUUUUAAAAUUCUUGCAUACUAUUUGGACAUUUUCAGUGUGUAGGUUACCUGUGCAUCUUUAUGGAGAAGAUCUUACUAACUAUACCCAAAAAUUGCCAGCCUUUUAUUUUGACUUUGUUCUAUUCAAUAGUGUCACUCCCCCAUUGUUACCUGCUAUAAUUUUGAAGUUGUGCUGUCGUUAAUGCCUUUCCUGCAUUGCUGUGAUGUCACCUGGCACAUAGAAACUUGCACAUAACAAGCAUGCAUGCUGAUCUUAUCCUAGGAUUUUUUGUAUUUAUUCAGGGGUUGUACUCAAGAAAAUAUGGUGUAGUCGUGCUUUCCCUUUAAAUGCUCAGAGAAACGCAGAAUUAGUCACUAUUGUAUGGCAUAACCCAAAGUAAAGCAGCAGUGUAGAUGGAGGAAAUGCAUCUGAGGGGCUGUAUUGUGGUAGUGCUACUUUUCAUCUGCUGCCACUAGCAGGUUUUGGUGGACUGUAGUGAGAACAUUUUUUUAUGAAUGUCUCAAAGAGUAGUGGUAAAAGGCUGAUAAUUUUUGUCACUGAUGGCUGCGAAGAUUGUAGGCACAGCCUUGACAGUUGGUGCAUAUUCGUGGAAAACUAAGUGGUGUUGAGAAGAAAAAAAUGUUUUUGAAGAAAUUUUGUUGCAGUGCUCCACAGGCUGCCAUAAACAAUGUGGCCAGUGCAAUGUUUUUUAAGUCUUCUUUAUUGUUUCCAAGCUCAGCACAAGGUGUUUCUAUUUUGAAGAGAUGCACAUAUAGCAUAAAAUUUGGCCAUUGACUGGUUUAUAUUCUACAUAUUGUGAUCACACUAUGCACUAAGCAUUACACCAUGUGAGCCGUACGUAUGCAAGAAAGGACGGAGAAAUGUGGUGAAUACCUAAAAGCAUCAAAGUGAUAAAAAUCAAGGAACACAAACCGGAUUUUCUACUCUGAACUAUAUACGAGGUCUUGUUUUGCUAUAGUAUGGCCAGGCGAUCUUAUGGGUGGAUUGUUUAGGCAUAGUUCUAGUUGGAAUCAGAUGUGUAUAGUAUGUUACGCUUUCAUUAAAAAAUGUUUACCUACUACUGCCAAUACGAGCACUGUAAGUAAUUCUUGGAAGUAGUUUUCUAUGCCGUCAUCUGAUGAGGUGAUAUCUGUCCAUUUCAUGAGAUGACCUCAAAGUCUGGCAGAAUCGUGUAUCUUAGAGCCUUCUUCCCCUUGUCGUCCACUUAUUCCCAAUUGAAAUUGCUUAGUCCUGUUGAACUAAGCUCCCUUUUGUCUCUGUAUGCGGUGCAACCGUGCUAUAGUUCUAACAUUGAUGUGAUGCAUUAGUUUUUUUUCUCUUUUUUCUAUACAGGUGCUUUCAUACUUGCAACAUGCUGUAUACUUUGUUUCUUUUGGUGUAAUACUGUGACCUUUGUCUAGUCAUUCUAUUGAAGGUCAACUGCGAUGAAAUUUCACUUUUGCCGAAAUUGGCUACGAAAGAGCAGCACCAUAUACUAUUGUAAGAAACGUGGCAAAUUCGUAAGACUUGUAACUGUAUAAUGUCGUUGCUUGAGUAGCCCCUAUAUGGUCAUCACUAACACCUGGUGCUUUGUUGAUGUUGAGAGCUCCAAGACCAUGGCAUGUCAGAUUUACACUGUCCAUUCCUAGUAUUGGAGGUCGCACAAGCUAUUGUGCUGGUUCUUAACACUGCAUGCUGUUGAACAGUGAUGUUGGUAUUUUUGUUAUUUUUGUGGGUGGUGCUGUGGGGGUAUUGGAAAAAUCUGUUCGUGUAAGCCUUUCAUGGUGGUUUCAUAUACUAAAUGUAAAAACGUUUGUACGAACACUGUUCAUUUUCUGCACCAUAAAUUAGGCUCAUUAUGUGGUCUAAUAUUACAUUGCAGUUGGAUUUUAAACUGCGAUGUCUGCGGGGUCCUCAUGUACAAGAGUGUAUUCAAAGUAAUAGGCAGUGCCACUGUUUGGUACUGUUAAGGCUAUUCACUCGUUCUUAUGUCGCGACACUCAGUCUGCCACAGAGCCGGUAAAUAUGCCCGCUUUGCCAUUGGCUGUGGUGCCGUGAGGAACAGCAACGUGCAGGAAAAAACGGAGAAGGUGACCAAUGAGGUUGGGUAAUGGAGGCUGAACACACACUAGUUGGGCACUCAAGUUGUUAAAAAACUUGCUGUUGGGCUAGUUUGUAACACAUUUUAGAUAAUUAAAAGAGUGCGAACUAGCACACUUGCAUCCAGGCAGAGACUUUCGGUACAUCCACCAUCCACACUGCUCACUUCCAACUGAUGGCCGAUCACAGAAAGUUACUUACGUGUGGCAAAUGAGUUCUGCGGAAACCUGCAAGUGGAGGAAGAGGCUUUCAUUUCUGAGAAAUUUGUAUGGAUUUCCUUGUGGCUUCAUGCUACGAACGGGUGGUUGCUUUCUUUCUAUUUCUUAUGAGUGAUUUGAGCCACAUCAUUGAAGCUGCUAUAUUAGGACAGUAAUAGUGGCUUCGAUGACAUGGCUGCUUAUGUGUGUUUAUAUACGAACACUGAAACACUUCGAAGUGAGCUGCUAUGUUCGGUGGAUGUAUCUAAAGUGUCUGUGUGUGGGUUAUGGCGUGGUUGUGAGUGUGCCUGUUUGUGCUCUUUUAAUUAUCUAUGUCAUUCUUUUAAGUUGCUUUCUUUGUUUUUCUGUUUCCUGAAAUAGGAUGCAGGACUAGAAACCGAAGAACAGCUGCAUGAUGUCCCCCUCACCAUUCAUCUGAUGAUACGGCACUGUAAGUAGUACAGUUAGUGAAGCAAGAACACCUACAAAAAAAAACAUCAAAGAAACAUGAGCAUAUUAUGGAUGCCUUAGACACAGAGCAUGCAACAUACAUGUUCCGUGGCAAUGUGGUGAGAAAGAUGGUGAGAAAGAUGGUGAGAAAGAAAAACAACAAAACCUUUUGGGAAGAACGUGUUAACAUUUUGACUUAUUCUUUGCGCCAUAUAAUUUCGUAAUAUCCUUGCUUUUCGCUAUAUACAAGCCAAUCUUGCCAGUUUUUAAUGUUAUACUAUUCGCAAGACCUACUAGGAAUGAGGGGUGGGUAAAAAUGAUGGCAAGGGAAGUGUGAAUAAUGUACUCAUACGUGUACCGACUUCCGGCUUCUUUCAUGCAUGCGUGCCUGUCACACAUAACAGUAUUGAUAGAAAAAGAUUGCAGAAAAUGUAUGUGAAACAAAGGAAACAAGGGUUAAUUUGAGUGCUAUUCUAAAGUGUAUAUGUGGUGAUAGGCAAUCGUUUCACGUAAAGUCAUGCGGUCCUCCUAUAUCCAACCAAAGUGAAGGGAGCAAUUUUCUCUCACACCAAAGGUUUACAUGUAAUUGGGAGAUGCUAGUGCCAGAGCAGUUGCACCACCUUAUCAUAGUUGCGUAGCUAUAACAUCAUGCUGCCAUGGCAUGCGUGUCAUGCUGAGAAAGUUGAUUGUCAGGAGACACGAUGGCCUGGCAUCGCCACGCCUCUUGCCAGUUUGCCGGUGUUUGUUUUUUGAAAAUUGUUCUUUGAUUAUAGAAAAUUGAACAAUACAGUUUCCAGAGUCGCUAUGUGGUACAACAGUUUCGAUUAGUAGAAAACUGAACCGUCUGUUAGUAGAACUGCCUAUUUUUUUAUUAGGGGCUUUGUGUACAUUUCUGCAUGUGGUUUUUGUAGCACCGGUGCUCUACUGCCAGAGUGUAGAACCAGUUGUAGUUCGAUGUCUUUCAGUCAAGUGCAAGUAGGUGAAGGCAGUCUGUGCCUUUUGGAUUGCAUACUGCCGUGAGUAGUCGCUCGCCUGUCAAUUGCACACAGAUAACUUACUACUUCUAUGCUCUCUGUUUCAGCCAGUUUGUAGAUGUUAGUGUGCAUGUUCUCUCAUGCUAGAAUGAAACGUGGAUGAGGACAAAAGUUUAUAAAACACAUCUCGCGCUUGAUUUGAAGUGGGUUGUCUGAUCGAGGUGAAUCCAUGACCUAGCACUUGUGGCAUAUUCAAAGCUUAGAAUCUGUUCAACUGAACCUCAUACCUACGCAAAAUUCAAUUUGAUGAAUAAGCAGAGGUAAUGCAUCCUCUAGUUUUUGAGGCUUUAGAUGUUUCAUUCCAGUGUGGUAGCAGACUUCUAUCAAAAGUGUAUCAUACUAUUCGUGACAUUUGCCAAGUACAGCUUGUAAAGCGAGGCUUUUGUUUUCCCUCCUCUCCUAGUGCUCAAACUUGAUGAAAAUACUUGCAUUCGAGCUUUGAAAUGAUGAUAGUGUUACAAGAGCAUGGCUAAAUAGACUGACAGGAGCACUGGUCGAGUUUUGCUUUUUACAAGGAACACCCAUUGUGCUCAUGGUAUCUGUACCUAUCAGUGACUUUCCUGAUUUAUGCACACUUCAGCAAAUGUUAAGAUAGCAUAGAGUGAGUGAUUGUGUAAAAUGCUGGUUAAAAUGUCUCCAUCUGCCGGUAUCACAGCAUCAAGGACUUGAAAUGCUCGGCUCUCAAACUAGAGGCCCAUGUGAUGUUACACAUUGACCUCUGCACACUUUCUCUCGAACAUGUGCAGUGCUUAUAUUUGUUGAGCUCUGCUUUUACUCAGUGCAUGCUCUUUUCCAUUGAGUCUUUCGUACACCAUUGUGAAUUUGGCAGCAAGCUGCUGCACUAACAGGUUUGUGUGGGGCUGUGAAAUUAGCUUGACAUCUACGUACGUUUUGCGGCUCUCAAUGCAUGCAGAGUUAGUUGGCACUAUGGGCAGUUCACAAUUUUACAUGCAUCGCCAUUUUGCGAAAAAGUGUAGCCUGCCAUAAGCCACCAGUACCUAUGAUUGGGUUGUGUGCUGUUUCAUGCUUGGCAGCUGUCAUGGAUGCAGUGAAUGUUAACAAUGACAAAGGAAGCACAAACCUAAAACUGUAUGCAAAUCAUAGUCUUCCACUAGCAUGUUUUGCACCGAUGUUGAGUGUCUGUGGGUGAUGUUUUGUGGAUGAAAUGCCUUGAGGGAGGGGACUUCAAGAGAUAUGUAUUAGAGGGUUUCAAAAACUUUAAUGCUCUCGUUUACAUUGUACUGCUGCUGGAGCAGCUUUUUGAGUUCUCUCUAGACCAAGCAGUAUCCCUUGAUCAACUGAAGCAGUGGGAGUGUCAAGACAGACUGUUAUGACAAAUUUUGAGUAUACAAGAUGUUGCAGCUAUUGGCUGCAGAAUUUUAGAUGCACAGGAGAUAGUGUAAGUGGAGAUUGUAUUAGGACACAGGGUAUUCAGCCACUGCGAGAACUGGCUGAGCUCCCUGUCCUUCCUUUCCUCCUCCUUCUUUGUAUUAGGAACAUUAAAUGCUUCAUUGCUGAAUAAGGCAUCUUGCUGGAAAAAGUUUCACGAUCUUGAAGUGCUUACUAGCAACCAAUAUCACCAAUCUACCUUGUGCAGUGCUGCGGGGAAUUCACAUUACAGUCUAGCAUGCAUUUGUGGAGGGUCACACGCAGCCAAGCCCACACCGAUGCGCCACAUCUACAUAGCUGACCAAAUAAUUGUCGUCAUCCUGUGAACCCAUGCUUUUUACUAAAUUUAACCGGCUCAUCUGCAUCAACUGCCUAGGCUGUAUGAAGUGAAUUUCUCGGGAACAAUUUAAAAUUUAAUCAGAACCAGACCUUGUAUGCUGAGCAGUCCAUUUGAAAUACAGGUGAAAAACACACUGUCAAGCUUUUUCCGAAAUCAUUUAUAAUGCAAGGUGUAUACUGGCAUAGCUCCUUCAUCCUGUUAAAAGUUGUCAUUGGUUGGUUAUAACCUUAUUGAAUUGUCCUGCAUACGGUUUAAAAUUUGUUAUACUUAUUUUUUUGCAAGCGUAUUGGUAUAGUGCAUAUCAGGCAUUGAUUCAUUCAUGACACUGUCAUCCUUGCAUCUAGCUAAAUUUUGUUUUACAAGCCUAUGUAACGGAUUUAAUGGAAGUGGUAAUCCAGGGUUUGCAAACGAGGCAUCAAAGCAAGUGUGGUUAAAAAAUAACUUGGCGUUCAGCCUUCUUCAGCACUUUGAGAAACUACUGAUGCCAUGAAUUUAUGUACGACUGCAGCUUCAGUUUACUUCACAAAGUAUGCUAACAAUGUGAUAAGCAUUUUGUAGGGCGAUAACAUUGUCAGUUAUUUCACUCGUACUAAUGGUGACAAAAGCCUGAUGCAUGUUCAUUAUUCGCAUGUUAUAUUAAGGACUUUUAUUGUAGCAUAACAUUCAUUUAGGCGACUUGGUUCACCGUCACUUUUCUGUGGGGCAGUGCUGAGACACACGGACAGAGGUGGACGUUGUGUCUACUGUGUGUCUCUGACUACGUCUUUCAUAAUGCUGACCCCAAAAAAAGUUUGUCUGCUAGUGUCUUGCACGUUGUCAGUUUUGGUCCAAUCACUGAGAAGAAAGAUAGGUGCUACACAACUGUGGCAGUGAAGAGAAAUAAGCAGAGUACUUACCUAAAGGGGAACAGCAUUGACAUUACAGAUUGGUUGAAUUGCUUGUAGAUAAGUACUUCAAGCCAUCUUGGGAGAAUCGCACGGCUGGAAAUUGUCCCAUUUUUCUUUGAACGGAACAUUAUUUUAGAGCAGACUUAACUAUGUAGUAUAGCUAUGAGCUUGAUGGAAUAUCUGCAUCCAAGUCUCGAUCUAGCAUGUAACAACAAAUUGAUUGGACUUGGUGAGUUUGAUGAAGGCAGGAAUGCAACUGGUGCAGUUUGGCACUUCUCAGCCUAAAUGCUGACUGGUUGGCCUAUCAGCCAACUAACCCUCAAUGUUUAUUGCUUCCAAGUCUAUACGUGCUACCAUUCUAUUCAGCCUUUCAAGGUCUUGUCGGAAGGUGUCUGUCUUGUAAACUUCAGGAAAGCAAGCAUUUGUUAGGUGGCUACCCUUGCGAAGGUGCUUGUUCCAAUGUUGCUUGCAUUUAGAUACUCUGUUUCUAAUUGACAGAGUAUGUAAGGCUUGAAGUAAGCUCUAGCACAAGUAUUUCCUACUUGCCUGUACAGCUGCCAAAGGCAGCUAAUUUGAAAGGAGCAAGUAACACAUGCAAUCCGAGAACCAGUGCUGUCUUACUACGUAAAGCAAGCAGGAAGUCUCUUGCCAGCUGUCACUGUUUCUAGGAUUGUCGUAGCCUUGCAAGGUAUUCGUGGCAUGUCUGGAGCUCUGAUAUCCACGGGUGCAUGGAAAUAUAGCAGCAUAAAAGUAACUAAGACAGUGUUCUUAGCCUCUUAUUCCACUGAACUUCCACAGACCUGUACGUACAGAGCAUGUAAAGCACUUCUUUUUCUGUGAUACAAUUGAUAGCGAUUCUAUUUUAAACACUGAGACGUCCCCGGCUCUGUUGAACCCUCUGACAAACUGUGUACAAGCACCAAGUCUUUCUCUUUUUGCACAAAAGAUGGACACAGAGUGCCCUGUUGAUGUAAUUUCUGGAAUUAAUAAACCUUUCGUAAUACUAACUG